AUGUCAGCAUCAGCUCCCUAUAUCUGUGAUAUCCGAUGUGGAGAAGAAAUCAUCUGCCAAAGCUACAACUACAAUAGAAAGAAGGAGAUCUGCGAACUAAACAACCGCAGUAAAGAGGCGAGGCCUGAAAACUUUCGCUCGGUCCCUGAUUGGUUUUAUAUCAGGCGUUUGAAUGGAAGAGUACCGUUGGGUUCCAUUGUCGAAUUACCAGCACUAUCUUGCCAAGAAAUAAAAGCAAGUGAGGGAAAAGAUGCUAUUAGCAAUAAGUACUGGCUGAAUCCAACUGGUAAUGGAAAGACACGACUGAUGUAUUGUGAUAUGAACUUAGGAACUGGAGAUAUUGACGAAUGUGUAAGUGACAGCUUCAUUUGUGGUGUGAAUGCGACCUGUGUAAACACCAAUGGCUCUUAUGGUUGUACCUGCAUGGAGGAAGGAUCAGUUGGAGAUGGAGGUGUUUGUUCAG